GACGCACACGCUGCCAGCGUUUUUCUUGAGGUCUGUGGAACGCUUCUUGGAGAUGCUGAUCGAUCUUUUGUCGCAGUUGCCCUUCCGCAAGUGCUUCCGACCACUGUUUUUGGACAGACACCUUGUUGUCCGUGUCCGAGACUUCAUCGAGAUGAUGCGUGCACGAGCAGACGAGCAGCGAAAAAUGGGUAUCAUUGGACCUACUGGCAGAGGAAAAGUAGGCGGAAAGAAAGGAGGCUGGGGAAAGAACUUCUACAACUACAAGGGCUGGAAAGGCAAGGGUAAAGGCUAUGGAGGUUAUAAACAAGAUUUUGGAGGUAAAGACUUGAACAAGGGCGGAAAAGGCAAAGGUGGAGAGUUCUACGGUAAAGGGGGUGGUCCUCCAGGAGGUAAGGCAGGUUAUGGUGAAGUAAUGUCCAAAAGUGAUGACGUGUGGACCGGAGAUGCUUGGGAUAAUCAGCCUUUUGAAGCGUGGUUUGCGCAUGCGACUGGCAAGAAGGGAGACAUGAAAGGUGCACCAAAUGGCUCCAUGAUGAUGAACAUCUUUGCAGAGGAGCAAGAAAUGAAUGUGCCAUUCUUUACUACUGAAGAUGAAGACUACAGUAAGUAUCUGGCGGAAAACAUCAAGCAGGAUGAAAAGAACACAACCAGUGCAGAGGAAGAGCACCAGCAGGAGCAGAAUGUUGUUUGGUUUCCGGAUCAAAUGCUGGAUCCGGCUGAAGAACAAAGACUAUUGGAAGCACAGCAAGGGGGAGAUAACAAAUUUAUUGGUUUUGCUCCAUCUUCUUCGGCUAAUGGCGGUAUGGCAGCUGCAGAAUCUUCAUCUGCCACACAUCAGAAGACUGCUUUCGAACUCUCAGCCGAGAAGGAGGAUAGUAUGGUUUUCGCCAGCGGCAUCUAUCCGGAGGACGAUAUUUGGAGGUUGAGUGAGCAACUGUUGGACAUUUUGGCCUUCUACGAACGAUUCGAGGUGGAUGACGUCACGGGGGCAGCCUUGCAUCGACAAGACGUACUGCAGAUGCACUACGACGACCACAACGCUUUGCGAAAAAUCUGCUUCUCCUUGGCGAAUGAGGCGCUUGGACUCGGAGCGGGCGCGUCGGAGCAGUUGAAGGGGGAAGAGGUAAUUUGAUUGAGAGACGAAGAUCUUAUCAAUUUGACUUUCGACUGUAUUAAAAUAAGCAAACUUUGACGUACUUUUUUUUGUACUCAUACAUAAAUAGCUUGUUUUUCUGCUGCAAUAACAGUGAAAAAAAGUCUACUGCUACUGCUGCUCAUCAUCUCAGUUAUAAUUUGAAACAAAAAAUUUCUCUUACUUGAACUACAGGCCCGUCGUGCUCUCGAAGAAACCAGCGAAGAAAUGCGUGGCAUCGCUCUCUCCCAUGUUGGCGACUUCCAGACUCGUGGUGAACUCAGAAAAGCUUUCGCCAAGCUCCCCUAUGCCGUUCUCAGGGAAAUCACGCAUCAACUGUGUUUCCUCGAUGUACAUCGCGACAGCACCUUGACAAGGAUGGAUGAAGCGGUGUCUUUGUACUUGGAGCAGAGAAAAGCAAGCCGAAAGCAGAAGAAGGCUGAACAAGACGGAGGUCAGGCUGACGAAGCUUUGAAGUCCUCAUCAAAGGCGGACAACAAACUAGUCGCAUUGUCCAAGGAGGCUAAAUCGAAGUUGAAGAGCAAGUCCAAGAAGGAAGAAAUCGCACUGCGCAAGAUCUUCUUAGAAGUCCUCUAUCAAAAGCUCGAAGCCAAGGAGGCACAGAUUGAUAAGGUGAACGCCUUGCCACUCUACCCAGCCGAAGACGUCAUCUGGGACAAGAAUCUCGUUCCCGAAGACCACUACCAGAACGAAUACGCCUUAGCUUUGCCCAAACUCAACUUACAAUUCUUGACCAUUCACGACUACUUGCUGCGCAACUUCCAUCUCUACCGUCUGGAAUCCACGCAUGGCAUCCGAGAUGACCUGCGAGAUGUGAUUCCGCGAUUGCGUGCGAUCCAAGAUGAGAACUGUCGUGGCGGAGUGCGCUGGCUUGGAAGUUCGAGGAUGGCGUUGCCGGUUGAGUCGUUCCAGAUUACGGAAACAAAAGCACCACGGGUCGGAGAAACUGUGCCUUCAGCGGUAAUGAUGAUGAAUAUACACCAUUGCUUCUUGAAAAUGAAUGAAACAACUAGGACACAGCAAAUCUAGCAUUUACUUCUUCGGACUUUCUUCCGGAUCUCGAACUCGUCUAUUUCACAUCUUUUUCCUCAAUUGUAACCUCUCGUCUCUAGCAGCUUCCCGCUAUGUUGGCUAUGUUGGUCGUGUCUAUGUGUGUCUAUAACUUCAACUUUCUUGUUGAUACUUACAACUGCAAAUUCAUCCACGACAUCAGGUAAAGUGCGAGAUCCGUUUUUCGAUUUCUUCGAUCCGUUCUCCGCACGUGCAACGCGAGUGGUCUUCUUUGAAGGAGCAUGAUGUGGUCUUCCUAGUCAUCAUUCAGCCGCCAGAACAGCCGUAUUUGGGCAAUCCGACCGAUUUGGAGGUGAACGAGUUUGCUCGCGCCUUUGGAAUCCGGGAGAUCCGAGGAGUGGAAGUUUUAGAACUUCUAGAUGGGGAGAACAACGUCAUCUCCGAUUCCAGUGUAGACCGCAAAGAGCCGAUUGGGGAUGAGCGUGUAGUGCAGGGACUGUACGAUCCAGCUCAAUUUCAAUUGGAUAAUGCUCCGGAAAUAGAUUUGUUCAGUGGUCCGCCAGGCACGGCAGGCAUGAGCCAUCCGAUCUUCCACUUGAUCGUGCGGAGGGAUCCGAAGGUGAACAACUUCAAAGCGGUACUAGAAACGAUCCGUGACUUGAUGAACAGCGAUGUCAGUGCCGUGGUGCCAAGGUGGCUACAUCGAUUGUUUUUGGGAUACGGAGAUCCCUUGGAGACGCAGUACAAGAUUUUGGGGUCGACUCCGGAGAUCGAUUUCCGAGACACGUUCUUGGACCGAUCGCAUGUGUUUGAAUCGUUUGCGGAAUGCGAAGAUAUCAGGAUUGACGAAGACUGCAAGCCGCCGUACAAAUUGCACUUCGUGACUGGGAGUAAGGACGAAGGUGUGAAUGCUAGUAAGGAUGACGGUGAAGAUCAGAUGGAAGUAGACGCUAAUAUGGUGGAUGUUGAUCAAGACGCAACUUCUACAGCUAAGAAAUCCAAGAUGAAGAGAAAGAAAGCACAAGCCAAGGUUCAGUUCACGAGCAAGAUCAAGAGUCGCAAGGGUGCAGGUACCGGCAACAAGGUUGAUGCCAGCCAUGCGAGUGGAGCGAACACCAAUGCCGCGAACGCUCUCGAUAUUGUGGAUCUGCGCAUUACUGGAUCCACCUACAUCGUGAAGAAUCCGGGUCCUUAUCCGUUUUGCAUUCCGAACCGCAACAAAGUUCGUUUCACCCCGGUGCAGAUCGAUGCCAUCCGCAGUGGCGUGAACCACGGACUGACCAUGGUCGUUGGACCACCGGGAACCGGAAAAACCGACACUGCAGUCCAAAUCGUCAACCUGCUGUUCCACAAUUUCCCAGAUCAAAAGAUCGUUUUAGUGGCUCACAGCAAUCAGGCUCUGAACGAUUUGUUCGAUAAGAUUUGCCAACUCGACAUCCCAGAACGCUACUUGGUGCGUCUCGGUCGGGGUAUCGACGAACUAGACUCUGAACGCGAUUUCAGUAAGCAUGGCCGCAUCGAUUUCAUGCUCAAACGUCGACUGGAACUAUUGCAAUUGGUGGCGAAACUAGCGCGUUGUCUUGGUGUUCCGGAGCAAGACGCAGCCUACACGUGCGAAAGUGCGAAGUUCUUCUUCCUACAGCAUGUGCAGUCUGCGUGGGAGCUGUUCUUGGAGAAGCUGCAAAUGGCCGGUCCGGAUGGCAAGAACUUAUCCAAAGUCUUGGAUGCGAGUCACUUCGGGAAGAAAGCGCAUUUGGCUGGAUCUGGUGGUGCCGACACUGGUGCUGUUCCUCCAGAUCAAAUGUCUGCGAGCCAAGCAAAGAAUGCUCGUCAGAAGAAGAAGCGAAAGCUGGACAAGACCUUCGUCAAGGGAGAGGACUUGAACACGACAGGACAAGAAGCGGCAGCCCCUGGACCUCAAAUCGAUGCUGAGGCUGAGAAACAAGUGAUCGCAGACCAACUCCUGGAGGAACACAAUGGCAGCGUUGUGGGCGCCUUGUUUCCGUUCUUGAAGUUCUUUGAUGACGUGCCUUACAAACUCUUCAACUACGGCGAUUACACGCAGGAUUUGGACGAGGCUGAAGGCUGCUUCCGAUACCUGAAAACUCUAGUGAAAGAGAUAGACGAGUGCCUACCAUUCGAACUGCUACGUUCCGGAACGGAUCGUGGAAAUUAUUUGGUCACAACGCAUGCCCGCAUCAUCGCAAUGACCUGUACACAUGCAGCGCUGACAAGAGCGAAUCUGGUACUAUUCUACUUUCUAAUACUUUUUGUACGGCUACGGUAAAAAACACUCUUUUUCUACUUACUCAACUUUCGUAAUUAUGAUUCAUCCAACACAACCACGUCAGUCGGCUUCAGAUCAGUGUCCAGUUUUGUCAUUACACCAUCGUAUGAAACCUCCCAAACGCAAACGUCCUCCACAAUGGCUACCAGGUAAAGCUCAACUUCCAGUAUGACAAUCUGAUUAUGGAGGAGAGCGGUCAGAUCUUGGAGGUCGAAACCUUGAUUCCCAUGUUGUUGCAGAAAGCUGACGUUGCAGGUGAAUCCCGAUUAAAAAGAGUGGUGCUCAUCGGUGAUCACCACCAGUUGCCGCCAGUGGUCAAAAAUCGAGCGUUCCAGAAAUACGGGAAAUUAGACCAAAGUCUUUUCACAAGGUUCAUUCGCCUGAACGUGCCUCACGUGACGCUAGAUGCGCAGGGUCGUGCGAGACCGAGCAUUGCCAGCCUGUACAGUUGGCGCUACGACAACAUGCGCAACCUGCCGAUCGUGGAGAAGAAGGUCGACUACAGACUGGCGAAUACAGGCUUGAUAUACGACUACCAGUUCAUCAACGUGCCAGACUACAACGGCAAAGGGGAAACAACACCUAUGCCAUACUAUUUCCAGAACGAGGGCGAAGCCGAAUAUGCAGUCGCUUUGUUCAUGUUCAUGCGGUUACUGGGAUAUCCGGCUGGCAGCAUCUCGAUCUUAACGACAUACAACGGACAGAAGGCGCUGAUUAAAGACGUAAAAAUGGAAUUAUCUAUCCUGAUGUUUUGAUCUAUGACUUCUCCUCGUCCUUCGGCUCUUGGAAGGGCAUCUUCUACAUAAGUAGGCUUUUUAUUAAGGGUAGGUUAAAGGUGCUUUUCUUACCGCUUUUUAUGCCUCUCUCCCUUAGGAGAAGAAAGGCAUAACAAGCGGGGUAAGCGAGCACCAAAAACCUACCUCUAAUUUUACUUCCAAUUUUGUUCCAUUUCUGAUGUUCUCAAAACGAACACCGACUUAAUAUCAAACAAACACUUCGUUUUCACCACACAAACAUACAGGUGAUCCAAAAGCGUUGCGCUUGGAACCCUCUCUAUGGUUGGCCCAAGCAGAUUACUACAGUUGACAAGUACCAGGGUCAGCAGAACGACUACAUCAUCCUCUCGCUGGUGCGAACCAGCACUGUAGGUCAUCUCCGAGACGUCCGCCGUCUGGUCGUCGCCAUGAGUCGAUCCAAGCUGGGUCUCUACGUUCUCGGACGCUUCAAGCUCUUUAGUCAGUGCUUUGAGCUCCAGACUGUCCUCAAAAUGUUCAAGAAGCGACCACUCAGUCUAGCAUUGCACGAGAAUUACAUGAACGAGUUCUGGCCAUGCGAAAGGUUUCUAGACACCAGUGACGACUACGCAGAGCGACACUGCAAACUGAUCGCUAGUGGUUUGGAAGAACUGUGGAGCGUCAUAGGCGAGAUGCAACAAAGAAAAGCAACUGAAAUGCAAGGGUUGUUGGCGGGAGGAGCAGAAAACCUCGAAUACAUGCAACCGCCGGCAGAAUUGUAGAGGCGAUAACUACAUGAUCGACACAGGAAUGUCCAUAUGUUGUGAUGUGAAUGACAAUCAUGUGUUAAAUCUGAUGACAUCUUCAUGCUGUAAUGUUGAGAAAUUUGUCCUGUUUCAUCAUCAAUUUGAGUACUGGUGGAAAUCUUUAUCGAUACAUCAUAGUUUUGGUCGGCGGCGUUCUCGUUGAGUAGAACGUUGCCAGACUCCAACAUAUUGAGAUAGACAAAUCGCGACGGAAAAACUCCAUAGAAGUUUUGCCGCUCAUGGCGUGUUAUGACGAGUGGUGCGCAUCCACGAAUCACUCGUAUAUACAAGAAGUGUCAGAAACUUUGACACAGGGACAUGAUCGAAAUUCUAUGUUUGUUUCACCCUUUUCCCUCAUGUGUAUCCCACGAAUGAUGACCGCGAGCAAGAAGAGAAGCUUAAGAUUAAGAAGCC